AUGGCGGCCCCCAGGAAGGUCCUCAUGCUCUGCGGCGACUACAUGGAGGACUACGAGGCCGCCGUCCCGCUCUACGCCCUCGCCGCCCUCGGCAUCACCGUCGACUGCGCCGCGCCCGGCAAGAGCCCCGGCGACUCCUGCCUCACCGCCGUCCACGACUUCCUCGGCUUCGAGCUCUACACGGAGCUCACGGGCCACCGGUUCACGAUAACCGCCGACUUCGCGGCGGCGUCAGCAGACCCGUCUUGCUACGACGCGCUGGUGAUCCCGGGCGGGCGGUUCACGGAGCAGCUCAGCGCGGACGCGGCCGUCGUGGACCUCGUCGCGGCGUUCGCGGCGCUGCGGAGGCCCCUGGUGCUCACGUGCCACAGCCAGCUCCUGCUAGCCUCGGCCGGCGGGCUCAGCGGCGGGGUGCGCUGCACAGCGUUCUUCAGCUUGCGGCACGUUGUGGAGAUGGCGGGGGGCACGUGGGUCGACCCGGAACCCUUCGGGUUCUGCGUCGCCGACGGCCACGUGCUGUCCGCCAUCGGGUGGCCCGCGCACGCCCAGAUCGUCGCCAAGCUCCUCGACUCCAUGGGAGAGCGCGUCGUCGUCGACGCCGGACGCGGCGGCGGCCAGCGUGUCCUCGUCCUCUGCGCCGUGAGCUGUCUAGCUAGCCCCUUUCCCUCCCCCCUCGCCGUCCUUCUUCUGGAAGUUUGCCUUGUUCGCCAGCCGCUCGUGGCGCCGCCGCUGAUCUUGAUUGGCCGCGUGCAGGACUACGUGGACGACUGCGAGGCGAACGUGCCGUUCCGGGCGCUAGCGGGCGUGGGCUGCCACGUCGAAUCCGCGUGCCCGACCAAGCGCAAGGGCGAGUCCGUCGUCACGGCGAUCUACGACGCCGCCACGCCGGCCCCGCCGGGCGCCACGGUCACGGUCAGCGAGGAGAGGCGGGGCCACAACUUCGUCGUGACAGCCGACUGGGCGGACGCCAACGCCGAUGACUUCGACUGCGUCGUCGUGCCGGGCGGCCGUGCCCCCGAGCUGCUGGUGACGCACGACAGGGCCGUGGCGCUCGUGAAGGAGUUCGCGGACAAGGGCAAGGUGGUGGCCAGCAUCGGCCAGGGGCACCUGCUCCUCGCCGCGGCGGGGCUGCUCAGGGGCAGGAAGUGGGCCAGCGGGGUGCCCAUGAGGGUCGUCUCCAGGCUGGCUGGCGCCGAGGCCGUCGAGACCGAUGGGGCGGUCGUUGAUGGGGGGCUCGUGACGGCGGCGAGCUGGCCGGACCUUGCGCAGUUCGUGGCUCGCGUCCUUGGCCUCCUCGGCAUCUCGGUCUCGUUCUGA